UGUUCGAAAGCAAGGUAACCCAAAAGUGAUUGAUUCGUACCGAAUGUCGAUGUUAAAUCUGCGCACCCGUGUCCGCCCAAGCCGCAGUUCAAUGAAUAAGAAUCGCACACUAGCGAAAGUUAGGAACCUGCCAAAUUUUAAUUUCAAAACAAGUCUCGUUAUUAUGCUGUGUAGCAUCAAUUGACUUGACUUGACUGACUUCGAGGUGGGAGGACUCGAAUAAAAACGGAUCGAUCCGACCAAUAUGGUAUCAUUUUCGAGCUUUCGACCUCUUGCAAAUAGGUGUCCAACAUUGAAACAAGAAUGUUUGGUUCAUUGAUCAUCGCGGUUUGUCUGGCUGCCGUGAGUGCCAACGCCGAUCCCGGGCUUUUGGCAGCACCUUUGCCAUAUGGUGCUCCCCUGCUAGCCCCCGCCUAUCAGCAAGGAGUACUUAGGACCAGCUACAGUCAGAUAGUUGGACGUAACUAUGCUCCAAGUAUCAUAACUUCAUCACCACCUAUCACAUAUGCUGCUCCAGUAGCUGCACCGGUAGCACCAGUUUUCCGAGCGGCAGCACCGAUCGCACCCGCCCUGUCUCCGUUUGCUUACAAUGCAGUUCCAUUAUCCGCAGCACCAGCCGUUCCCUACUCGAUUCCAGGAAUAUCCUACCCCGUACCAGCAGUUUCCUACGCCGCACCAGCCGUUUCUGUUGCCACUCCGGCCAUUUCUUACGCAGCUACCGUACCUGCCUUACCUUUGGCGCCUCCAGUUGUUCCAGCAAUCGCGAGAACUCCAAUAGUAGCACCCGCCGUCGCUCCAGUUGCUCCCGCAGCGUUUCCAGUGCUGGCCAGAACUCCGGUCGCCGCUCCGCUACCCAACGCAAAUCUUCCGGUGCCAAAUGCUGCACCGAUAGCACCACCUGCCGAUCAACCACGACCGGCGGUUUCCGAUGCUUUUGCUGCGAGGUUAACUGCCGCUGCUCCGACUCGCAGCGCAGCCGCUCAACCUGCCCGGUUGGCAACCACCUACGGUGUACCGCAGGCUACUAACGUGGCUUUCAAGAAUCAGUGAUCAUGUGAUAUUUUCAUUGUUUUACGCACAGAAACCAAAACGCUUCGUUUCAGCAGUUAGUGUGA